AUGUUUGCCUCGUUGCUGGUAACAGGAGAAUUAUCUCUUGUAUUGCUAGCUGGACUGAACAUUCUUUUGAAGCCUAGCGAACCAAUUUUGGGCGAUACUAAGGAAAUGGAACAAGCGACACGGCGAGGCCACCCGAAUGCCUUGAAACGAGCUCAACGAUCACGCCCUGCUGGCCAUGCCCAGUGGUCGGUGUCGGAUGCAGAAGACCGACCAGAGAAAGACUUAUACGAGCAAUAUACUUCAUUACCUCGUGAAGUUUCUAUAUCUUCAAAGGAGAAGCAGCAGCGAAGGAAAUCUGUGGGAAGCAGUUUGUUCUCCAAGAUAAGCCAGAAGUUUGGCGGUUCGCGAUCACGUGACGCUUCGCCUGAGAAAGUGUCUUCCAUCGACGCUGCUGUCACUACCAGUGAGAAACAACAAAGAACGAAAAUCCGAAACUGUAAUAAACAAGAUAAUUAUACAGCAGUUCGCAAAUUGCCACCACCGUAUAGGCCACCUGCUGAUGCAUGUGAAAUGCGACAGCCGCCAGAUUAUUGUUCCAGA